GAUCAUAAAGAUAUUUAUAUUUUUUCAGAUGAUUUUGAAGGUUUUAUUUCAUUUUGUUUUACCAUUUCAGGUCUUUAAUUCACCUGGAGUUUAUUUUUGCCUGUUCUUUUUCUGUCUUCUGAAGCUUGCGGGGCUCACCGUUUGACUCCAGCACAUUUCUCAUUCCAGUCAUUGUUUUCUGGCACUCUAGGUGUCUUACCCCCUCCUCCAAGUCUUUCUCUUAGCAAGAACAGAAUGAGGAUAUAAAUGACCUCCAGGCUUAGAAAAGUAUCAGUUUGAAGGCCUGUAAGGAAGAAGCAAGCAGCAAAAAUGAGGUCAAGAGGGUCAUCAGGAGGAAACUCCGCGAAAGAUGAUGUGCAAGGAUGGUUCCUCCUUCAGACCAGGAACCUGAGGAUCCUGGAAGAAGAAGUGUGUCUACAGGGAGAAAGAAGAGUGUCUCAGAGGGCUGGCCCUGAAGGAGAAGCUUCUGACAGGCUCCUCACGUCCUACUCUUGAAGCCCUUCCGCAUCUACCGUAUCUACUUUUUAAUUUUACCUCUUGUUUCUACUUGCAAGUCCUGUGAGCUUCUUCCAUCUUGCACUAGAAAACUGUGAAACUAAGGCAUGUAAGAGACACACAGAAGUUUUUGGUGGAUCUGAGAUUAAAACAUAGGUCUCUUGGCCAUCAAAUGGGAAGGGUUCAAGUGGAGUCCAGUGGAAACCAGUUUGUGAGAGAAGACUUGUAAAAGAGGAGGUUAGCAUUCCAGAGGAGCAGCAGUCCAAAAUUAUAACAGGUAGCCUUUGAUUUCCAGUGUAAUCACUGCAGUCAUAAUCAUCAUCAAAAAGCCUUUAUGAGUGCCUGUUUGUAAUGAGCAAUUAAGGUAGACACUGAGCUACAUUUAGAAUAUGCUUUUCCUGAACAUUGUCUAAGAAUUCAUACUCUAUGAAAAUGAAUAUAAACAGAUAAGCAAAGGACCUAUCCAUCUGACAAUUAAAAGUAGGCCAAUCUAGCUACUGGGGGUAGUAAAGAACAUCAAACAUGCCAGAAGUAGUGCAAUUUAAGGAUAAGGGCAUCACUGGAUGAAAAACAGUGCCAAGUAGGGAUGGGUUAUAGGGGUUCCAAGGUCAGGGAAACUGUCACCAAUCAAUUAGGGAGGGCGGAUCUCUUGCUUUCUGACUUCACUCACUCCCUUCCACCCUUCACACACACGUACCCCACCCCAAGCUUUUCUCUUUCAGGUGACAUAACCCUUGCUAAGGAUUGAGAUCAGAGGAAUUUUUCCUUUGUGUUAGUCCUUGGCUUUGGAUAAGGGACCUUUACCCAGCAGCAGCAGGAACCACCCUCAGGAGCCACUUUGUGCCGCCUGGCACGUCCACGGCAAUUAGAGCAAAAGGACAGAGGCUAUAGGAAGUUUCUAAGUGGGGAAGAGAAAUAGAUUGAUCAGGAGGAAAUUGAGGAUGUGGAGGUCAGAGCUAUGGGGGCCUAAGCAGGAAGGUAGCAGUUGAAAUAGAAGGGGACAACUGACCUUGCGCAGCAGAUGCCCCAGUCCUGGGUUUGCAUGUCUUUGUUGUCAGCCUGUGGAUCACUGAUUGACCAGUGGACCGCCUGAGCCAGCGGGUCCCUCAGAUCCCAAGGGACAGACUGGGCGGUGCUUUUACCCACACCGUGAGACUCCUCAUAAUUGCAUCAGUGCUGCACGUACCUAUGGAAAAUACUAGUGGACUGUCAGGCUUGGGGUUAAUUGGUUUCAGCUAACACCUUAUGGGAGCAGAGUCCUUGUGCACAUGCUGCCGUGGUACAAGUGCCCUAACUAGCUUCACACCAAGGGGAGUGGCAUCCUGAAGGAAAGCAAUUCCUUUGACUCCACCCCUUUCAUCCACUGCCACUCACAGAUUGGCCUCCAGCUCCUGCCCGGUGGAUCAAAGACGAAAUCUUAGAAUACACGUUUUCAAACUCAAUUAAUUGUUCAUUAAUAUCCGGGAGUGGCAGAUAUACGAUGCUUCCCUUUUCAUGGCAGGUCAAAGAUGAAAUUUGAUUAUGCUUUGAAGGGUGUGGUUUGCCUCUUGAAAUUCCCGGCAGUGUCUUUACCAACGUGGUGUUGCUCAGAGCAGCCCAAGUGCCCUUAUCUAACCAGGGAGGCGCACUUGUCUGCAUAUAUACAGGCAGGAGCCGACACUCGGAAAAGUCAAAUCCAGCCUGCACAAUGAAGAAGCAACCUAAGAAGGAUGAAGCUCCACACUGUGAGCUCAAAUCCUAUUCUAAGAACUUGGACACUCAGUCAUCCACCAUGGUAUUGGGUCCUGAACAGAAGAUGCCAGAUGAUGAUGCUUCUGGAGACCAUGGGGACCCUGCCAGUCUUGGUACCCUCAACCCUGCCUAUAGUAACUCAUCUCUUUCCCAGUCCCCUGGGCACUCACAGGAGCCCUUCACCACCUACUUUGAUGAGAAGAUUGCCAUUCCUGAAGAGGAGUAUUCUUGUUUUAGCUUUCGUAAACUCUGGGCUUUCACGGGACCGGGCUUUCUUAUGAGUAUUGCCUACUUGGAUCCAGGAAACAUCGAGUCUGAUUUGCAGUCUGGAGCGGUGGCUGGAUUUAAGUUGCUCUGGGUUCUUCUGUUGGCCACUAUGGUGGGGCUCCUACUCCAGCGCCUUGCAGCUAGACUGGGAGUGGUCACGGGGUUGCAUCUUGCUGAAGUGUGUCACCGUCAGUAUCCCAGGGUCCCACGAAUUAUCCUAUGGCUGAUGGUGGAGUUGGCUAUCAUUGGCUCAGAUAUGCAAGAAGUUAUUGGCUCAGCCAUUGCCAUCAAUCUCCUGUCUGUAGGAAGGGUUCCUCUAUGGGGUGGAGUUCUCAUCACCAUUGCAGAUACCUUUGUAUUUCUCUUUUUGGACAAGUACGGCUUACGGAAGCUAGAAGCAUUUUUUGGCUUUCUCAUCACUAUUAUGGCCCUCACAUUUGGAUAUGAGUAUGUUACAGUGAAACCCAGCCAGAGCCAGGUACUCAAGGGCAUGUUCCUGCCAUCCUGUCCAGGCUGUCACACCCCACAGAUCGAGCAGGCUGUGGGCAUCGUGGGAGCUGUCAUCAUGCCACACAAUAUGUACCUGCAUUCUGCCUUAGUCAAGUCCAGACAGGUAAACCGAGCCAAUAAGCAGGAGGUACGAGAAGCUAAUAAGUACUUUUUCAUUGAAUCCUGCAUUGCUCUCUUUGUUUCCUUCAUCAUCAACGUCUUUGUCGUCUCCGUCUUUGCCGAAGCAUUUUUUGAAAAAACCAACGACCAGGUGGUUGCAGUCUGUAGAAAUGCGAGCAGUCCCCACACCAGCCUCUUUCCUGACGAUAACUCGACACUGGCUGUGGACAUCUACAAAGGGGGUGUUGUACUGGGAUGUUACUUUGGGCCUGCUGCACUCUACAUCUGGGCAGUGGGGAUCCUGGCUGCAGGGCAGAGCUCUACCAUGACAGGAACCUAUUCUGGCCAGUUCGUCAUGGAGGGAUUCCUGAACCUAAAGUGGUCACGCUUUGCCCGAGUGAUUCUGACCCGCUCUAUUGCCAUCAUCCCCACUCUGCUUGUUGCCAUCUUCCAGGAUGUAGAGCAUCUAACAGGGAUGAAUGACUUCCUGAAUGUUCUGCAGAGCUUACAGCUUCCCUUUGCUCUCAUACCCAUCCUCACAUUUACGAGCUUGCGGCCAGUAAUGAGUGACUUUGCCAAUGGAAUAGGCUGGAGGAUUGCAGGCGGGAUCUUGGUCCUUAUCGUCUGUUCCAUCAACAUGUACUUUGUCAUGGUUUAUGUCCAGGAACUGGGGCAUGUGGCAUUGUAUGUGGUAGCUGCUGUGGUCAGUGUGGCUUAUCUGAGCUUUGUGUUAUACUUGGGUUGGCAAUGUUUGAUUGCACUGGGCAUGUCCUUCCUGGACUGUGGGCACACGUACCAUCUGGGACUGACAGCUCAGCCUGAACUCUACCUUCUGAACACCGUGGAUGCUGACUCACUUGUGUCUAGAUGACUGACAGCCUGAGAGACUGUUUACGAACCACUUUGUCUUAGUCCUUUUGUGCCAGGUGUCCUGUUAACAUAUCUCUGUUAGUUCAGAGGUGAGUUUUGUUCAGAUGUUUUGAACAAAAGUCAAAGAUUUCCUCAUGGGAAGGGUGUUAAAAGCUGCCAGCUCUAAGUGUAGGACAGAGACCCACCCACCUCACGAUGGUCCUACAGUAGCCAGAGUGACAUGAUUGGCCCACGGUGGCCACACACCCCUAUGGGCUUGUGUCUUGACCUCUGGAAUUUAAAAAAUAUAUAUGUGUAUAUAUUUAUGUAAACCUGAACAUGUCAGUUUGGGUAGAGUUUUAAGGUUAUGUGAAAUUGAUAGGUCUUUCUUAUUUUUUUAAAAGCUAUAGAUAAAUCAGAUAUUUGUUUUCUCUGGGUCACAAGUGACAGAGGAAAGGGAGUAAUGCUCUUUUUCAGAAUGAUCUGGUCAAAUUGACUUGCCUUUUAAAGUGACACUUGACUAUAGCUAGUUAAAUUCGAUUUCAGUUUUAACCAGACCCUUAGCGACUACUGACUAGGAGCACAUCAUUUCUAAAGGAAACAGUUCUUCUUUUCAGCAGAUUUAUCCUGGUUAUAUUGUGUGCUUUGCAAUUAUUAUUCUUUGUUGCUUUUCUUGAAAUCUUGUCAGAGGUAUGGUGGUAUUUCCCAAAGAGCUUAGUACCUCAUCAGAAGAUUCAGAAACCAUACUCUAACCAAUGAUCAGUUUUCCAUGUGACAUCGUAACUCAGCCCAUUCUAGCAUUCAAGCUUUAGGGAUAAAAAGAAGAACCUUCUAACAUUUAACUUUGUAAGUCCCAAACAGAAAAUGAUGGAGGUUACUUGUUUUCUUUCUAACGUUUGUAGAGUUCUACCAUGUCUUUUCUUCCCAUUUUUCCCCACUAAAACUCCACAGACACCAUUUCUAGGUCCAAAGUCUAUUUCCAGGAAUGGUUAAUAUUUCUAGUGUUGAAUUUCCUUGAAUGCUAAGCAUUUUAUUUAAGAUAUUUAUAUCAAGUAAUACGAGAGCAGAACUAGACCAGGACGUGGACGACUAGUUCUCAUGUCAUAAACUGCCUGCCUACAUGUGGGUGAUAGACUUUUUUUGACCCCUCUUCUUAACCAGGACUUUUUUCCUUAAGAUUUUUAUAAUAAAAAUUAAUAUUUAAAAAUUGGAAAAA